GUCAAGUAUUCAUUGAUUACUCUUUCUUCCUGGUUUUUCACUUUUCAGCCAUGGCCUGGAAUGUCAAGCAACAAUUCUUCAUAGCAGCACUAGUUCUUGCCUUCCCUUUAUUAGCAAUAAGUGGAGAUCCAGAUAUUAUCUCUGAUUUUGUUGUCCCAGUUGGAAUCAAUGCUACUCAAUUGGAUGGAACGUUUUUCACCUAUACUGGCAUGAGGCCACUUGUGACCUCUGGUCCACCAACAAAUUUCUCAGUAACAAAAGCAACCAUGGCCGAAUUCCCUGCCCUUAAUGGACAAAGUGUUUCUUAUGCUGUUUUACAGUAUUCAGCUGGUUCAGUUAACCCUCCUCACACUCAUCCCCGUGCCGCCGAGCUCUUGUUUCUCGCAUACGGGACCCUUGAAGUUGGAUUUGUUGACACUACGAACAAGCUGUUUACACAAAGACUUGAAGCUGGUGACAUGUUUUUGUUUCCUAAGGGAUUGGUUCACUAUCAGUUUAACUGUGAUGAGAAAGACUUUGCCAUUGCGAUUUCCGCCUUUGGUAGUGCAGCUGCCGGCACUGUCUCGGUUCCUUCUACACUGUUUGCGACAGGCAUCGAUGAUCAGAUCUUAGCCAACUCUUUCAAAACCAAUGUUGCCACCAUUCGAAAACUCAAAGCUGGGAUUGCACCUAAGGCAUGAGAUGGGGUUCCGAACUACAAUAACCAUUUCCACUUUUGGGUUUUAAGAGUCAGACAUGUAUGUUUGUCUUGUUCUGUUGCAAAAUGGGAAGUCAUCAUUUUGUUUUCUUCUGUUAAAGUGACUUAAUUACCUCAUAAAAUUAGCCAUCAAGAU